AUGACUAAUUGUUUGAUGUUACAAGCCAAAGUUGAGGAAGAUCCACUAAGAGAGAAGGUUCUAAAGAGUGGUGAAUUUAAGUGUAAGACAUGUAACAAGCAGUUCCUUUCGUUUCAAGCCCUUGGAGGCCACCGAGCUAGCCACAAGAACCUAAACCGAAUGGCUUCAAACCUUUCGAGUUCGAUGGUGACGCCAAGAUUGCACCAAUGCUCAAUUUGUGGACUUGUGUUUGGUCUUGGACAAGCUUUGGGAGGACAUAUGAGAAAGCAUAGAGUUUCUUCAAAUGAUGCCUUGUCAACUAUUCAUGACCAAGAUUUGCCAGAAUCUAAUGUCACUAAAAAGCUUCGUUUGUGGUUGGACUUGAACUUGACACCGUACGAGAAUUAUCUUACCCUCAAUUCAAUGACACCUGUUUUACAUUUGUUCUUGUGA